AGGCCAUCGAACUCACCAGACAAGCUUGAAGAUGGGGACGUCCUGGAACUGUGCUUUUGUAUUGGCGAUCUUUCUCGCCAGGACUGGAGCUUCCCCUGCCAUCGUGAAUGGAACCCUGGGACACUCGGUUUCCUUGCUUCCUUCGAUCCCAGUCAGACAGGACAUGGAUGAGGUUGUGUGGAGAAGGUCAUCAUCCAGCACAAAGAUAGCACGAUACUUGGAACGGUCGAUUAAAUACUUUAAUACCAGUUACAACAACCGAAUAACUCUUCAUUCCGGAAACUUCAGCCUGGAAAUCCAUGAUCUGAGGAAAGAGGAUGCUGAUGAAUACGAGGUCAUUGUUACAGCAGGAGAUUCAGGAGACGAACGCAGAGAGCGUAUCCAACUUAAGGUGUACGAGCUUGUGUCAGGAGCAAACAUCAUAGUUCAGACCACUGGGAUCUGCAACCUCACCUUGACCUGCACCGUGACCUCAGGUGACCCCACCAGCUUCAAGUGGUGGUGGGAAGGAGAAACUUUGGUAAAUGGCAGCACGCGGCACAUCUGGGUACUCGGAAAUAUGCUAGAGGUUCAUCACACUGCAGAGGUCAAGGACGCUGUGUACAAAUGUGAGGCCAGGAACCCCAUCAGUAAUGGAAAGGCAGAGAUCCAGCUGAAGGACAUCUGCAAACUGGACACAUCUGCUGACAAAUCGUCAAACAGCAACAACAAGCAGAACAUUGCAGUCAUUGCAGCCAUUGCAGUCAUUGCAGGCACUCUAAUCAUCGUCUUUGUGGUUGCCAUUAAGAUGAAGGGCUCAGUUCGCUCGAUUUAUUUCACCCACGGGAGGAGGACAACAGAAGGGAGCAGGCCUGAAGACCCAAGUCCCUGCACUAUUUACGCAGAAGUUCAGGCAAUAAACAUAACAGCAACUAACCGGCAGCCUCCAGAGGGAAACGAGAUGGUUCACAGUCAAGAGGAGAUGAUGAAGAUUCCUCCCACCGUGUAUGACACUGUCAAGACCCCUAGGUCCCCUCAAAUAACCCACCAUUGUGAACCAGGAGACAACCAUCCUCCACGGAUGUGAUCCGUGUUCGACAGCCACAGUCGCGAGUGCUUGGGUGUUAAAUCAGGGUGGGGAUGGUGGGAGGGCAGAUAUUGCAAUGGGUUUCUCUUGUGGCCCAGGCAGUACCCUCGUGAGGGUAGGUGUGGGUGGGGUAGGUAGAGCAUGUAUAUCGGGUAACUUGCCCACCCCAUCCUUCACCCUUCCUGUUCAUACAGCUCACCGAGUACCAUCUGUACCAAACCCAUUCACCAAACACCUGCUCCGUAGCCUCUGUGCUUUGACUAUUCGAGUGUUCACCAGAUACUUUCAAAUCUUGUGAGAGAACUGUGUUUCAGGUUGCAAACUUGCUUUCCUGAGAUCCCCUCGAAUGCCUCUACUCCUCAGAUUAAACCUAUGCCCUCUGGUUCAGGAUUCCUCCAUUAUCUGCCAAUUACUAACUCAAGUUCAAGUUUAUUGUCAUCUGACUGUUUUUAUUUACAACCAAAUAAAACAAUAUUCCUCUGGAGUGUGGCACACUCACAAGACAUAAAACAUCACGUUAUUACCACAAAUAAUAAAAUGUAAUUCCGAGCACAUGUAGUCUGCAGGACCAGUAAGCUGUUCACUAUCUGAGUGACGAGACCUCGGUGCUGACAGGGGAGGCAUUAGUCUCCCAGCCUGAGGGAAGAAUCUGUUCCCGAUCUGUCAGUCCCAGUCCUGUUGCUUCUGUACCUCCUUCCUGAUGGUGUUGGCGAUUUUGAGAUGGGUGGAAGGGGUCCUCAUCAAUACUUUGGGCUCUUUUAUCAACACUCCCAGUAAAUGUGACAAACAGGGGGAGGGAGACCCAGCUGAACCUCUCGGUGGCUUUUAUUCUGAGCGCACCAAGAAACUUCAUACUCUUCAGACUCUCUACAGCAGAGCCACUGAUGUGCAAUGGAGAGUGGUUGACAGGAGCCUUCCUGAAGCCCACAGUCAUCUUUUGUCUUGUCUACAUGGAGACUAACACAAAAUAUAAAAAUGGAUAGUAAAAGUUUUUAAAAUUAUAUAAAGUGGAAAAGGUUGGCUAAAGUGAAUGUAAAUCCCUUGGAGGAUGAGAAAGAUGAAUUGAUAUUGGGGAAUGAGAAAACAACAGAGGCUUUGAAUGAUUAUCUUGUGUCAUUCUUCACAGUGGAGGACACGUCUGGGGGUGUUCAUGCAUUGCAACACUUUUAAAGCAAAGUAGAACGAUUGCCUUAUAAUGCUGAGAAAAAGCAAUGUUGAGCGUUUAACAUGUCAUGUCCAACUGGUGUGAGAGAACUGCAUGAGCUUGCCCAGAAAAGACAGGUAUGCAGUAGUGCCACAAAGUCUGCAUUGUCACUGUUAAUAAAAUUAAUAAAGCUACUUUAGUUCUUAAUUCUAAGUUCUUAUCUGGAUUCUUGGACUCCAUGUAUCCCGUACAUUUGCAGCAAAAUGCUUUACUCUUAAACUCAGUUCCUCUCACAAUGAAGGCCAAGAUUCCAUUUGAUAACAUGUGUCACCUGAAAACAACCUUUUGUAGUUCAUAUUCUGAAGUCAGUCUUUCCCAGUCAGUCCUGAUGAAGAAGCUGCAGUGUGAAGAAAAGCUGUUCUCAAUCUCCCCCCAAGGAUGCUGACAUAAUGAGCUCUUUCUGUCUUCAUUACAGCCAUCCAGCAUUUCUCAUUUUUAUAACUCAAUGAAACAGGUCACGCAUUUCAGGUUGGAAUAGAGAGUAGUGUUUAUACCCUGAUCUAUAUUUCCUCUAUGCCCCACAGUUUUUGCUCCCAGAGCUGGAAUAGACAGUGUGAACCUGUUUUCAUUUAGCUUA